UCAGGCAGCAGGCAGGUUGGAUCUCUUGCUGGUCAAUUGCUGCGUCUGUCUAUCUGGUCGGUAGGUUUGUCAAGACCAUGGCAAAGCUGUUGAUGCUCACCGUAUUUGGGAUAGGACUGGCACUCUUCAGGGAUCACCGGUCUUCUUACCAAACUCGAUUUAAUGCUUUCCGAGAAGUAGAAUCUGUACAACCUCCUAGCUGUAAUCUCAUUGAAGGAAUUGAAGCUGGCUCUGAAGACUUGGAGAUACUUCCUAAUGGGCUGUCUUUCAUUAGCUCUGGAUUGAAAUACCCUGGAAUAAAGACCUUUGACCCUGAUAGCCCUGGAAAAAUAUUUCUAAUGGACCUGAAUGAAGAAAACCCGACAGCGGUGGAAUUGAGGCUCAUUGGAAAUACAUUUGAUUUAUCUUCAUUUAACCCUCAUGGAAUUAGCACAUUCACAGAUGAAGAUAAUACUGUGUACCUACUAGUUGUGAACCAUCCACAUUCUAAGACCACAAUUGAGGUGUUUAAAUUUCAAAAUGAAGAAAAAUCACUUUUGCACCUGAAAACCAUCAGACAUAAACUUCUGCCUAAUGUGAAUGAUAUUGUUGCGGUGGGACCUGAGCACUUUUAUGCCACAAAUGAUCACUAUUUUGUGAACCAUUACUUGAGAUCCUGGGAGUUAUAUUUGGGUUUGGCAUGGUCAUAUGUUGUUUACUAUAGUCCAAAUGAAGUCAAAGUGGUGGCAGAGGGAUUUGAUUUUGCUAACGGAAUCAAUAUUUCACCUGAUGGCAAGUAUGUCUAUAUAGCUGAAUUGCUGGCUCAUAAGAUUCAUGUGUAUGAAAAGCACGCUAAUUGGACUUUAACUCCAUUGAAGUCUCUGGAUUUUAAUACACUCGUGGAUAAUAUAUCUGUGGAUCCUGUGACAGGGGAUCUUUGGGUUGGAUGCCAUCCCAAUGGUAUGAAAAUCUUCUUCUAUGACUCGGAGAAUCCUCCUGCAUCAGAGGUGAUACGAAUCCAGAAUAUUUUAACAGAAGAACCCAAAGUCACACAGGUUUAUGCUGAAAAUGGUACAGUGUUGCAAGGAAGUACAGUGGCUGCUGUGUACAAAGGGAAACUGCUGAUUGGCACCGUAUUCCACAAAGCUCUUUACUGUGAGCUCUAACAGGGUACUCUGCACCCCUGUGAUAGAAAUUCUGAGUCCAUGUCAAUAUCUAAUAGGACACAGUGAUCUCCACUGAACCCUAACCAUCAGCAGGGCUGAGACUACUGUUGAAAUGCAAACAGAUAUGUAACAUAUCAGAUCAGGCAAACAAAACCUCAUUUGUUAAUAAAAUUCUGUUCAGUGAAAUGUUUGAAAUUGUCAUGUCA